GCGGGCCCGGCCGAGCGGGAGGCGGAGCCGGGAGCUGGGGGCUGCUGGCGAGCGGCUCCUCGGCUCCUUUGCUCCGGCUCCCCGCUUCCCUCCGCCGCCGCCGCCGCUCGUUCCUCCUCCUCCGCCGCCGCGGCCGCCGCUCGCCGCACCGCAGCCCCUCCCGCCAUGGCCGCCGCCGCCGGCGCCCGGCGCAGCCCCGGCCCCAGCUCGGCGCUCCGGGGGCGGCUGAGGGUCGGCUUCCCCCCGGCGCCGCCGCCGCCGCUGCUCCUGCUCCUGCUCCUGCUGCCGCCGCCGCCGCUGCUGGCCGGCGCCACCGCCGCCUCCCGGGAGCCCGACAGCCCGUGCCGGCUCAAGACGGUCACGGUGUCCACGCUGCCCGCGCUGCGGGAGAGCGACAUCGGCUGGAGCGGCGCCCGCGCCGGGACCGGGACGGGGACCGCGGCCGGAGCCGCCGCCGCCGCCGCGUCCUCGGGCUCCGCCGGCUCCGCCGGCUCCGCGGGCGCCCCCGCCGAGGCGCGCCUCCUGCUCUUUGUGCGGAACGAGCUGCCGGGGCGCAUCGCGGUGCAGGACGACCUGGACAACACCGAGCUGCCCUUCUUCACUCUGGAGAUGUCGGGCACGGCAGCAGACAUCUCGCUGGUUCACUGGAGGCAGCAGUGGUUGGAGAACGGCACCUUGUACUUCCACGUCUCCAUGAGCAGCUCCGGGCAGCUGGCCCGGGCUACCGCCCCCACACUCCAGGAGCCCUCGGAGAUUGUAGAGGAGCAGAUGCACAUUCUCCACAUUUCCGUGAUGGGUGGCCUCAUUGCUCUGCUGCUGCUGCUGCUGGUGUUCACAGUGGCGCUGUAUGCCCAGCGGCGCUGGCAGAAGCGUCGCCGCAUCCCCCAGAAGAGCGCCAGCACGGAAGCCACGCACGAGAUCCACUAUAUCCCCUCGGUGCUGCUGGGCCCCCAGGCCCGCGAAAGCUUCCGUGCCUCCCGGCUGCAGGCCCACAACUCCGUCAUCGGCGUGCCCAUCCGGGAGACCCCCAUCCUGGAUGACUAUGACUAUGAAGAGGAGGAGGACCCUCCCCGGAGGGCCAAUCACGUCUCCCGCGAGGACGAGUUUGGCAGCCAGGUGACCCACACCCUGGACAGCCUGGGCCGGCCGGGGGAAGAGAAGGGAGACUUUGAAAAGAAAGCGGCAGCUGAGGCGACGCAGGAGACCGUGGAGUCCCUGAUGCAGAAGUUCAAGGAGAGUUUCCGCGCCAACACGCCCAUCGAGAUCGGUCAGCUGCAGCCAGCACCUCGCAGUGCCUCGGCGGGGAAGCGGAAGCGGAGGAGCAAGUCUCGAGGGGGCAUCAGCUUCGGGAGAGCCAAGGGGACGUCGGGGUCAGAGGCAGACGACGAGACGCAGCUGACGUUCUACACGGAGCAGUACCGCAGCCGCCGCCGCAGCAAAGGUUUGCUGAAAAGCCCAGUGAACAGGACGGCACUGACGCUGAUCGCCGUGAGCUCCUGCAUCCUGGCCAUGGUGUGCGGCACUCAGAUGUCCUGUCCACUCACAGUGAAGGUGACCCUGCACGUGCCCGAGCACUUCAUUGCAGACGGGAGCAGCUUUGUGGUGAGCGAAGGGAGCUACCUGGACAUCUCCGACUGGCUAAACCCGGCCAAGCUGUCCCUGUAUUACCAGGUCAACGCCACCUCCCCGUGGGUGAGGGACCUCUGCGGACAGAGGACGACAGACGCCUGUGAGCAGCUCUGCGACCCUGACACCGGAGAGUGUAGCUGCCACGAAGGCUAUGCCCCCGACCCAGUGCACAGACAUCUGUGUGUGCGCAGUGACUGGGGACAGAGUGAAGGACCUUGGCCUUACACAACACUUGAGAGGGGCUACGAUUUGGUGACGGGGGAGCAAGCCCCGGAAAAGAUUCUCAGGUCUACUUUCAGCUUGGGCCAAGGACUCUGGCUUCCUGUCAGCAAAAGCUUUGUGGUCCCGCCUGUGGAGCUGUCCAUCAACCCCCUGGCCAGCUGCAAGACUGAUGUGCUCGUCACAGAAGACCCUGCAGAUGUCAGGGAAGAAGCGAUGCUGUCCACCUACUUUGAAACCAUCAAUGACCUGCUGUCCUCCUUUGGGCCGGUUCGCGACUGCUCUCGGAACAAUGGGGGCUGCACUCGAAACUUCAAGUGCGUGUCUGACCGCCGGGUGGACUCCUCGGGCUGUGUCUGUCCCGAGGAGCUGCGGCCCAUGAAGGACGGCUCCGGUUGCUACGACCACUCCAAAGGCAUCGACUGCUCUGACGGCUUCAAUGGCGGCUGCGAGCAGCUGUGCCUGCAGCAGGCCCUGCCUCUGCCCUACGAUGCCACCUCCAGCACCAUCUUCAUGUUCUGCGGCUGCGUGGAGGAGUACAAGCUGGCGCCCGAUGGGAAAUCCUGCCUCAUGCUCUCCGAUGUCUGCGAGGGCCCCAAGUGCCUCAAGCCCGAUUCCAAAUUCAACGACACCCUCUUUGGAGAGAUGCUACAUGGCUACAACAACCGGACCCAGCAUGUGAACCAAGGUCAAGUCUUCCAGAUGACCUUUAGGGAGAACAACUUCAUCAAGGACUUCCCGCAGCUGGCCGACGGGCUGCUGGUGAUCCCGCUGCCGGUGGAGGAGCAGUGCCGGGGGGUCCUCUCCGAGCCCCUCCCGGACCUUCAGCUGCUCACUGGAGACAUCAGGUAUGACGAGGCCAUGGGUUACCCCAUGGUGCAGCAGUGGAGGGUCCGGAGCAACCUGUACCGCGUGAAGCUCAGCACCAUCACCCUCUCGGCAGGCUUCACCAACGUGCUCAAGAUCCUGAGCAAGGAGAGCAGCCGCGAGGAGCUGCUGACCUUCAUCCAGCACUACGGCUCCCACUACCUGGCGGAGGCCCUCUACGGCUCCGAGCUCACCUGCGUCAUCCACUUCCCCAGCAAGAAGGUCCAGCAACAGCUGUGGCUCCAGUACCAGAAAGAGACCACGGAGUUGGGCAGCAAGAAAGAGCUCAAGUCCAUGCCCUUCAUCACCUACCUCUCAGGUCUGCUGACGGCCCAGAUGCUGUCAGAUGACCACCUCAUCUCAGGCGUGGAGAUCCGCUGUGAGGAGAAAGGCCGCUGUCCCUCUACCUGCCACCUUUGCCGCCGACCAGGCAAGGAGCAGCUGAGCCCCACACCGGUGCUGCUGGAAAUCAACCGUGUGGUACCACUUUACACCCUCAUCCAGGACAAUGGCACCAAGGAGGCCUUCAGGAGCGCGCUGAUGAGCUCCUACUGGUGCUCGGGGAAAGGGGAUGUGAUCGAUGACUGGUGCCGGUGUGACCUCAGCGCCUUCGACGCCAGUGGGCUCCCCAGCUGCAGCCCCCUCCCGCAGCCGGUGCUGCGGCUGUCCCCAACCGUGGAGCCCUCCAGCACCGUGGUCUCCUUGGAGUGGGUGGACGUUCAGCCGGCAAUUGGGACCAAGGUCUCUGACUAUAUUCUGCAGCACAAGAAGGUGGAUGAGUACACAGACACGGACCUCUACACAGGAGAAUUCCUGAGUUUUGCCGAUGACUUACUCUCUGGCCUGGGCACAUCUUGUGUAGCAGCUGGUCGAAGCCACGGAGAGGUCCCCGAAGUCAGUAUCUACUCCGUCAUCUUCAAGUGUCUGGAGCCCGACGGCCUCUACAAGUUCACUCUGUACGCUGUGGACACACGGGGGAGGCACUCAGAGCUCAGCACGGUGACCCUGAGGACAGCCUGUCCACUGGUGGAUGACAACAAGGCGGAAGAGAUAGCCGACAAGAUCUACAACCUGUACAAUGGGUACACAAGUGGAAAGGAGCAGCAGACGGCCUACAACAUGCUGAUGGAGGUCUCAGCCUCCAUGCUGUUCCGAGUCCAGCACCACUACAAUUCUCACUAUGAGAAGUUCGGGGACUUCGUCUGGAGGAGCGAGGAUGAGCUGGGGCCCAGGAAGGCCCACCUGAUCCUGAGGCGGCUGGAGAGGGUGAGCAGCCACUGCUCCAGCCUCCUGCGCAGCGCCCACAUCCAGAGCCGCGUGGACACCGUGCCCUACCUGUUCUGCCGCAGCGAGGAGGUCCGGCCCGCGGGCAUGGUGUGGUACAGCAUCCUCAAGGACACCAAAAUCACGUGCGAGGAGAAGAUGGUGUCCAUGGCCCGGAACACGUAUGGGGACUCCAAGGGCCGGUGAGGGGGGCCGCUGCCCUCCGUGAGCACAGAGACUCUCCGUGGGAGGGGGUGCUGCACCCCCGUGGAUUCCAGGGCCGAGGUGGGCUGGGAGACAGCUGAGGAUGGGCUUGGCCAAUUAGGCUUGGCAGUGAGGCCAAAGCAAACUCUCUCUCUUGUGGAUAGCCGACAGAGGACUUUGUAAACACUGGGAUUAUCCAUUUUUCUCUACCUUUUAUUUUUUUCUAAGAUUUUAUUUGACUCUAUCCAAGUCUCUCCUUUUUCAACGUUUUCUUCUGGAUGGCGGUCAGUGCCGAGGCAAGAGCUUCCAGGUGGAGACCAAGCGGCCUUUCCUCUUCUUCCUUCCCGCGGCCACACUCAGCUUCCUCCCAGCCUGGACCCCGGCAGGAGAUGGAUGCAGAGAUGGUCCGCCCUCCUCAGCGUCAGGAAGGAAGCCCCGAGGAUCGCGCCGUGAGGAAGCGUGGGUCUUUAGGACUUUAUUCCCAGCUGGCAUUGAAUUUGCAGGACCUCGGCCUCUUCCUGCUACCUGUGGGUCUGCCCGGUGUCCCUGCAGGACUUCCCAUGCAUUAAAAAUUCCUAUUGUCUCUC